AAACAUCCGCGGUUUGGAACUACUUGAGAGUGGACUGAUCCCCGGGUCUAUGCUGUAGACAUCAUUAACAUCAGAUUAAUAUUAAAUUCCUAAUCAUAGAACGAGACGGGACACGCUAAAGUCGUAAAAUUAUGUGCAUGAAGUUAUUGCUCUAUUAAUAUAAUAAUAAAUUGAUAGCGUGGUGAAGAUAUGCUGGUCUGGUGGUUGCGUAACCCAGGAAAGGAGAGGAGAGGCAUGGAAAGGGAUUUCAGCAGCGAACCCCUUAGGACGGGGACUCGAGGAAACAAGGAGCCUGGGGGAAAACGCUGCAAAACCGACUCGUAGGCCUAUAUAACGCUGCACUACAAACUCAAGAGAGGACGCUCCACAACAGACUCCGGAGCAGCAGCACUUGGCAGAAUAUGUCCGCAGACACGACCCCGAGGCCUCCUCGGCCGACUCUAUCGGAUUUCCACGGAGUCUCAAUGGUCCAUUACUUCACAGACAACUGGGAGAAGGUCCAAAACUUUAAGGCCAGACCAGAUGAUAUCCUCGUCGCAACAUACCCAAAAGCCGGAACUACAUGGGCCUCCUACAUUCUUGACCUUUUGUAUUUUUCUCUGAGACAGCCCGAUCGUAUGACAUCCGCCCCUAUUUAUGAGAGAGUACCCUUCCUGGAGAUGCAAAUACCAAACUUUAUGACCGGAACCGAUUUUGCCGACAAUCUGGACACUACUCCUCGUCUCAUCAAAACACAUCUGCCAGUCCAGUUGGUUCCAAAGUCCUUUUGGGAACAGAAGUGCAGGGUGGUGUAUGUGGCCCGUAACGCUAAAGACAAUGCAGUGUCUUAUUUCCACUUCGACCGCAUGAACUUCGCCCAUCCAGAGCCAGGAGACUGGAACAGCUACCUCCAGAGAUUCAUGGAUGGAAAGAUGGUGUUUGGAUCGUGGUAUGACCAUGUGACCGGCUGGUGGGAGAGAAAGCAGUCUUAUCCUGAUAUCCACUACAUGUUCUUUGAAGAUAUGGUCGAGGACACUGGACGAGAGAUAGAGAAGUUGUGCUCCUUUCUGGGUUUGGGUUCGACAGCCGAAGAGAAGCAACAGAUCCGAGACCUGGUGCAGUUUGAUACCAUGAAGAAAGACGACAUGGCCAACUACUCCACGGUGCCGGUGAUGGACUUCAAGGUCUCUCCCUUCAUGAGAAAAGGGAAGGUUGGUGACUGGAAAAACCACUUCACUAUGACCCAGAACGAACAGUUUGACGAAGACUACAAGAAGAAGAUGAAGAAUACCACGCUGCAGUUCCGCACUGAAGUUUGAAGGCUGGCAAGGCUUCUCCCGCAUCAGGAUUCACCUGAAGGAGGAGGAGACAUGUUGGAGCUACAACGACCGAGAGAAACAGUGCCCAGCGGGCCUAGAUGGAUCAUCACAACGGCUUUUAUUCAGACUUGGCUGAGCUUUUCAAACACAUAUGAUCAACAGUCCCACGCGACAAUAAACAAUCUUAUAAGAAAUACAA